AUGCUCCGCAUCCAGCGGGGCAGCAUUGCUAAGCGACAAAGAGGCGCUCCGGGUCUGUCCAGUGAAAGAGCAGAGCGGGCGCAGGAGCUGUUGUGGCUGCCGGAUGGACCGCAGGUCUUGAUCCUAUCCAGCUCCCGGAGCUCCAGGCUCCCACAAGCUUCCAACAUGUCAUCUAGUUCCUCUGAGCUGUUUGAGGAGUCUUGGCCUUCGAGUUCAGAGACCUCAUCCCCACCCAGCACCACUGAGGGACAAAUGGGGCCCUCCUCAUCACCCACCCUGAUUGACAGCGGGGAGUCUGUGGUGGCCAAGUAUAUAAAUAGGUUCCGCCAAGCUCAGCCCACAAGCCGAGAGGAACGACAGUGUGCAGGCCCAAUCCCAGCUGAUUUUUGGUGGCUGCAGACUGAGUCUUCAAACCCCAGCAGUCAACUUGCAGCAGGACCCAGUAAACCAGAGGGAAGACCCAGUCCAGCAGUCCCAGCUCCAGCCAAGAUUGUCAGCACAUCCCAGGCAGUGGCUCCCCUUCAGAAAAUAAAGCAGAGCCUGAACACGUGGAACUCAUCCCUGCUGGACCUGGAGACACUGAGCCUACAAAGCAGAGCUGCCACGCUGCUCAAACGCAGCAAGGCCUCCAUCUCUUCCUCAUCCCUCAGCCCCAGCGAUGCCAGCUGCUCCUCCUUCCCUGUCAGCUCCAAUGGCCUGUCUCCCUUCUCCAUGACCUUCAGCCCUGAGUCCCACAAGGACUCUGGGCCCAGAGCAGCUGCAGGCCCAGCGCCAGCCCAAGGCCCCACCCCUGCUCCAGCCCCAGCCUCCUCCCCAGCUCCCCUUCGGCCAGAGGAUGACAUUUUGUACCAGUGGCGGCAGCGUCGGAAGCUCGAACAGGCUCGAGGACGGGUGCAGCAGGGUGAUGGACCCUGCGUGCUGCCGCGGACCCCCGCGCUUGCCACCCAGCCUUCCGCCCCCGCGGUGACUCUUGGUUCCCCGGCGACCCAGCCUACCUGCGUCCCGCUGUGGGGCAGUGUGGCCCAGCCUGGUCCUCCAGAGGCCUUCUACGUGGAGAGACCUCCUGUUGGCCUAGGGUCCUCACCGCACAUCUUCUGGGCACCCAGCACCCACGGGUUCUUCUGGGCCCCACAGUCCAGCCCCUGGGUAUCUCUCGGGACCGUUCCUCCGCCACCGUUGGCCUCCACCCCGGUUCCCUCGGCUCCCCCGGCUCCCCCCACCUCCAUCCCGGCUCCCCCGGCCUCCUCCAUCCCAGCUCCCGCCACCACCAAUCCCACAUCCCCUGCCACCCACCAGAGCCCACCUAUCCCCGAGCCAGGCGUCUCUGCCCAGCCAGAGAAGGUGGGACCCAAGCCUCGGAAGGCCAGAGCUUCGCGCCCGGAGGCUGCGGGCGGAAUGACAGCCUCCAGCGAGGGGCCAGGCGCACAGCUCAGGGGCGCCCUGGGCCAGGUGGUGACCGCGCGGCUGUUCCCUGAAGGCCUGGAGGACACGCCCCCUCCCCUUGAGGGUGGCCCUUCGGGAGUCAAGGUCACGCCCCCCAGUGGAAGGGCCACGCCCCCUCCCUCGGAUUGCGCUAGUAGGUCUAAGGCUGGGAUAAGCCAGGCGAAGGCCACGCCCUCCCCGGAGGAGUCGGGGCUUCCAAAAGGCACCGGGGAAGCUGGGUCCCUGCCCCGCGGUGUCCUAACCUCUCCAACUGAGGUGUCCACACUCCCCGAGGCCCAGUCGCCCGGGCUGGAGUCGUGGUCUCUUGAGGCUGCGGCCCCACCCUCGCCCGAGGCUCACCGCUCCUCAUCCCCAUCCGAGGACCUGUUCUCCCAGGCCGCCAGACUUCUGGAAGCUGCAGAAGACUCCGACGGCAGCGAGUUUCAGGACGACCCUGUACUGCAGGUGCUUAGAGCCCAGAGGGCAGAUCUGCGGCUACAGAAAAGGAAAGUAGACGCACAAAUAUUUUUCCUGAUGGACUGCACUGAAGACCUGAGAUCUUGGUCCCCUCCACCCAGAUCAUCCCCCAGGUCUCUAACGAGGCGGCUGCGCAGAGAAGGAGCAUCUUUUGAAGCCAGACGACUUUGAAUUGUAUAAAUUGUUUUCCCCAAUGAAGUAUUAUUUUUUUCCAGGUAGAGUCAAUGUCGCAUCCCUUUGAAACUUCGCCCCCUCAACAAAUAGAAUACAGAGGAAGGGAUGCAGCCUAACUUCCAAAGUUCAAUUCAAAAAGAUGAUACUGACUCCCUGGUUUCCUUUCUCUCAUGCUGUUAUUCUUUGACACUUGGUUUAGAGACUAUUUUUUUUUUAAUUGCCAUGAUAAGGAUGGAUUACACAGGUGUAUGCACUUACUAAUUUCAGUGAAAUUUGUGAAUUUCAUUGUAUAUUGAACUCUAGCUAAAGAUUUAUGUGCUAAAAUAUUUUGAGGAUGGUGCUGUCUGGAAUUUGUACUGAAAUACAUGCAAAGAUUAGUUAGAUUGAUAGGUAAUUAAGUAGAAAUGUGAGAUAAAGCAAAUAUAGUAAAAUGUUCGUAAUAGGAUUUAACUAUGGGCAUAUGGAUGUCCACUGUAAAAUUUUUCAACUUGCUGUAUGUUAAAAACUUGUCAUAAUAAAAUGAUGGAGAAUAUA